CGCACUUGGUAAAAGCGGAAGUUGAUGGGUGAUCGAGAUGUAAAUAAUUCCGAAAGCGAUAAAAUUCGCUUGAUUUCUUCAAAAAUAGCGUUCUUUGGUGGGGAUUUCUUGUUGUCAUUGUUAAAUAAAUGAACCAUGGCUUCAAACACAAACUAUUUUGAAGACUUGGGAUCGGAAAUGUAUGAGGAUGAUAUACAGGUCGUAGAUAAUAUGAAUACCCUUUCGAUAAGAAAACGUGUUAGCAAAAUUGACCUGUUUAAAAAGCCAGAACGUUUGAUUUAUACUGACGACAACGAACUACUUGAGAUUGAUGGGAAUGUGUUAUCUGCGCUCUCAGGUAUUGACAAGACAAUCAACGUUGUUGGGGUAUGUGGUUCGUACAGAACUGGAAAGUCAUAUCUUAUGAAUUGUAUAGCUGGAGAGAAAAAGG